AUGGGCGAAGACAGUGCACCACCAGCACCGGCCCCGGCCUCAACGGCAGACACAACUUCUGGUCAUGAUCCUGCUGCCCCCAUCAAGGCUGAUGUCCACCACCAGAAUGACAUUCACGACGAUCAACUGCCCGCCCAGGAGAAGAACCAGUCCCGGACCAAGGCCGCACCGCGUCCUGAUUUUCUCCAGAAACUGAUUAACUCGGGAAGUUUCCAUUCGUCAAUAGACGAGCAUCAUUCCAUCGAGCUCGAUCGUUACUUUGUAUGUGCCUUCUAUCCGAUCCUAUCUCUAGGACAAGAGGAUGCGGGACAACAGAAAGACUGA